UUGUCUCUAAAAUCACUAAAAUGCAAAUGUGAUGUUUUUAAAUAGUUUAUUAGCAUUUAAUAUCCAUAUUAUACAUAAAAACGAACUAUUAUUAAUUAAAGUGGCUAUGUCUUUGAUAAGUGACGCCAUAGACUACGGUCAACCUCCUAGUUUAAUGUGGAAAUUACCUUUAAAAAAAACUGCGAAUUUAAGAAACAUGGAAAUCAUCCCCGGAGAAACCGUAACUAUUCAACUAGCUAAUGGAACGCAAAUAUCGGACGUAGUAAAUUUAAAUUGCCAAUUGCCUACGCACAUACAAGUCGAUCAGAGGCAGCACUUGGAGCAUCUAACGUAUUUGCAGCCAGAGGAUAUCGUAAUAAAUAAAAGCAAUGUUAAUAAUGCAAUCAGUGUCCAAAAGGACGUUAAAACGGAAAAUAAAGGAAACAUUUUGAAUAGAAGGAAAAAAUUUCGUUUGCCCAUAGAUGGGACUAUUUAUCAUAGUCAACAGCUAGGAUUGAAAGUACCUCCGAAGAAAACGUUAGGCAUUAAAGGAAAAAUAAUACAUAGGCAAGCUAGGGAGGUAAUAAACAAUGUUUUUACGUUUAUGAAAGAAGAGGCUCAAAAUGGAAUAAAAAUACCCAUAUCUAAUUAUAGAGAGCGAGUAUUGAGAGCCACUGGUAUAUCUAAAUGUACUUAUUCUAAAAUAACUACUAGGGAGUUUCAAAGAGGAGACCCCCAGCCUGUGAAAAGAUUAAAAAAAAUGUUUUUUAGAGACAUAAAGCUAAGCGAAUCGCAAGAUGUUUCCGAAAACAACAGCAUGUACAGACCGAAAAUAAAUAGAGAUGCUUCUACUCCAGAUGGAGUUUACAAUUUAGAGGAUUUAGUGGAAGCGUACAUAUUGGACACAUUGGCAGUGGAAGCCGGGCACAUAGCAGAAGCAGGUUCUGCCGAUCAAUUCGGUUUGAGUUCCUUUUCCACGGCUAGUAUUAACAAGGUGUUGCAAAGUCAAUCUGACGAAGAGGAAAUUAUUAGAAGAAUCACCAUCUUUCUGUACAUAAAUUACCUUAUUAAAUUCAUGGUGACCCCCAUGAAAUCAAUAACAAAGAAAUUUGUUGUCUGUGAUAAGUCUAUUGAUGUUAACAACCACAUACUAAACGUGUUUUCUGAAAUGGGGCAAAGUGGUAGGACGAGGCCAUUGCAUAUGAAAGAUAAGGCAUUGUGCUACACAAUGAUACUCGCAGCCAUCGCAAUGGACUUUGAAGUCGACAUAGAGCUUUUGUCAAAAGACUUGAAAGUCGGCAUUAAAAAAGCUAUCGAAGUGGCCAGGAUUCUGGCGUUUAACAGUGCAAAAGCUAAUAAUAAGCACAUAGUUCAGCUCAAAGUACCGUUGCCUGCUCCUGUCACCUACACGCCAAAGAGAAGAAAAUUUUAAUUUUUUUCUAACAGAAGUAAUAAUAAUUUUCGUGGUGUUUUUUUAUUUUCUAAGGACAACGAAAUAAAGCGAAGUUAAUAUUUAAAAAAC